AUGUCUGGAUCUUCAAACGAUGGCUUUGCUACUGCUAUGCAUAUCGCCGCUGUACUGGACCUGGAGGACCAUUUACUUCCAGCACUGACUAGCCUGCGGGAUGUCAUGAGGAAGAAGAGCGAGCAGUUCGCCCAUAUCGUCAAGAUUGGCCGGACCCACCUGCAAGAUGCUGUGCCACUGUCGCUAGGGCAGGAAUUCUCUGGAUUCGAGAAACAAUUAGAGCUCGGAAUACAGCGCGUGGAACAAGGCCUUGAAGGUCUUCGUUUCCUGGCUAUGGGAGGUACUGCCGUGGGAACAGGUCUGAAUACAUACAAGGGAUUUCAUGAGGCGUUUGCGACUGAAGUCAGUCGAUCCACGGGCAAAACCUUCUACACAGCGCCUAACAAGUUCGAGGCCAUUUCGGCAAAUGAUGCCAUCGUCCACGCCUCUGGCGCACUCAACACAUUGGCUUGCUCUCUGUUCAAGAUUGCCCAGGAUAUCCGCUUUGAAGGCAGUGGACCCCGCUGUGGCUUAGGGGAGCUGCUCUUACCUGAGAACGAACCCGGCUCGUCUUUCAUGCCAGGCAAAGUGAACCCGACACAAUGUGAAGCAAUGACUAUGGUCUGCGCGAAGGUAGUGGCAAACCAUGCCGCCAUCACCCUCGGAGGCUUGAGCGGACAGUUUCAACUGAACGCUUUCAAACCACUCUUGAUCUCUGAUUUCCUGCACUCGGUCCGCAUUUUGAGUGAUGCCAUGCGGAGUUUCGAAAAGAACCUCUUGGACGGACUCCGCGCAAACGAAAAGCGCAUCAGCUACCUACUCGGUCAGAGCCGACGUAAAAAGCGUGCCUCUUCCAAGACACGGAAUCCAAGCCUCAAGAGGCCGAAGAUUGCUCUUGCUUGCGAGGAGUGUCGAGCGCGCAAGGUCCGAUGUGACGGAGCACAACCUGGUGCGGAAUCCUUCUCCCCGUCCCCGACAGAUAUGCUAAUGGCUCUGCAGUUUGUGGAGCUUGUCGUCGCUGUCGCAGAGCUCAUCCGAACUGCGUCUACCCUGAUCGAGGCUCGUCCGGCAUUUCUGCCGAAGACCAGGAUCCGGCAAUUGGAGGCCAUACAGACGGAUGGACCACAACAAGAAUUAUUACACGGGGAUGCUGGCCGAGUCCAGAGCCAACGCUUACCUGUCAUCGAUGCGUACCCGCCGCAAUCGCCGGUAGACGUGGAAGCCGGGAGCAAUACAGAAAACAGCCACACACAGGAAAUCGUACUGUCUCCGCCUCUAACUGCUCCCCGUGAGCAAGAUCAUGUCGAUUACGAAUCAAGCCCUUUCACGGGGCGUGUUGAAGGCAUUGAUGGCAUGGGGAAUAUCGGAACGACAGACAACAGCUACUCUGAAGAGACAUCCAGCGCUGCGAGCUUCAUGAAACAGGUAAAGAGCGCCAUGGCUGCCAGACUAACUUCGUCCGUACCACGAACCCUUGCAACGUCAUUCUACAAUGCAGCUCCUGUGUUCCACAUUGACAACAGGCCAAACCAGCAUGAGCAGUCCAUCGCUGAGCUGUUUGUGCUUCCACCACGCCAUGUGGCAGACGACAUGGUGGAAAUGUACUGGAACGAAGUAUACCUCCUCUAUCCUUUUCUCAUGCGGGAGCGGUUCAUGCCGGCGUAUCAAAAGAUCUGGACCGGCGAAGGUCGGGAAGCUGAUCAGAGACUCCUGUACUGUAUUUUGAACCUGAUCUUUGCAAUUUGUUGCCAGAUUAGCAAGAGGGAGUCCCCAGGCGAAAAGGCUGCCGCUGCCGAGGUGUUCUACAAGAGGGCCUUGCAUCUGUUGCAGGUCAAUCUGAUAGGUAGCGGCUCCCUUGAGCUUGUCCAGGCCCUUCUCCUCAUGGGCCAGUAUUUACAGAGCACCGAGUGGCCGCAUAGAUGUUGGGUGGCCAUUGGCCUGGCCAUCCGCAUCAGCCAAGGUUCUGGUCUACACCUUCGACGGACGACGACAAACGUUCCGCAGAUCGACCGAGAGCUGGCGCGCCGGGCGUGGCACGGGUGCGUCUUUAUGGACCGAAUGGUUUCGAUGACCUUGGGGCGUCCGAUGAUGAUAUCCAAAACCGACGCCUCUGUUGUGCCAUUCCCAGAAGCCAUCGACGACCAAUACCUGUCUCUGGAGCUCGGACAAGAUCAAUCACAGCCGCACGGCAAAGUCUCGAUUGUUGAAUUCUACGUUCAAUCAUUGAAACUCUACAUCAUCACCGAGGAGACAUUGUCUGCCAUGUAUCCCCACGAAGAUGCCCCCUGUUCCUCAACGCCUGCUCCUGCUUUGGAAAAGCUCACCAAUCUCGAUUUCAACACCAUUUUGAGGAUCGACACGGCCAUCACCAAAUGGUACGACGCGGUGCCGGACGCGCUCAAGAUCCAUAGCCACCGUUCACGGAGCUCCCGCGAAGCCGCCCAUUCAAGGCAGGCAAACAUACUUCGGCUGCGCUGUCUACAGAUCCAAAUACUCCUGUUUCGUCCAAUCCUUUCACUACUGCUGGCACAGGAGAUCAGAAGCAAGGCAAUUUGUCUUUCAACACCGCAUUUGUGGUUACCGCUCUCCAUGGGGUUGAUUUGCGUAAGGAAAUGCAUCCUCAGUGCCCUCGAGAUGAUCAACAUCAUCUACGAGAAGCAGAUUGACCCGACGUCCAAGGACAUUGAGCUUCUUCCAGCAUGGUGGUUCCAGGUCUUCUUCAUCUACACUGCUGCCACGGCUCUAAUACCGGCACGUGUAUACAGCUACAUACGAGGCGACAUCUCGCAGCCGUCGCUGGCCGAAGCAUGGCAACGCUCGCUCGAAGUCCUCCGCCGGCUCUCUCCACUGAGUCCCACUGCAACCCGGUGUCUUGCCGCCCUCGAGCUCUUGAACGAAGAAGUCGUUGCGGAUGAGAUGCCCAACAGCGCCAAUCCGACGGCUGGCCACUCCGACCCGCGUGACGGACAUACACACAACGAACAGCCUCCCGUGAAUCUUCCUGUUAGCCAACCGCACAGGAGCAGCACAGUGCAGCAUGAUGCCUGCAACAACACCCUUCGACCCCAAGAUGACACCACCACUAUAGCUCCGCCAAUUUGGAAUGGCCAUCGGCCUCCACCACAGUCGGAGCUUGCUGUUGCUUUCCCGAUGGAACAGCAGCCACAUCAGCAGUGCAACGUACAGGGAGACUCAUUUGGGAGAAUGCUGCAAAUGCAGGAUUUCACCUGGCUGGAUUCCCUCCCUGCUGAUCUCCUGGCCGGGGGCUACGAGGACCUACCAGAGCUUUUCCCCGCGGUCUAG